UCCUGCUCCGAGAGGAGAUUGUAGCAUAUCCCGUAAACGCUGCUCGUUAACGUUGAUGUCUGGGGAGGAUUAAUACAAGCAGCGGGAUGGCCGACUGUAACUGAAUGCGGCCGACUCAGGUGAACAGAAAGCGGGGUAGACGGUCACAACACAGGCCUGUUAACACCACCAUCCACCAGGCUCCACAGAAAUGGAUCUAACUUUUGUAAUAUCCGCUGUUAUCUUCACGCUGCUCGCUAUUGUGGUCGCUACGUCUUUAUUUAGCGGCUCAUCGCCUAGCGCCGACUUUGCAAGUUAUUUCGGACACAGUGCAGCCAAAGGAUUAGAUGAAGCAGGGCCGCAGCAGAACGGCCAUCUGCCGGACAAGAAGAAGAAGAAGGCGGCGGCGGACGACUGGUGUGAGAUCAGCGCCAGCUCGCAUGAUCACUGGGAUGUAGUGAAGUCUGUGCAUUCAGAGGAGGCACAUCCUCACCCUCUCACAAAAGAAGUGGCAACACCAGUUAAGCACCACUCCAAAACCAGCCUGUCCGUGCCCAGUUCUGGGUGUAGACACCAGAGCUUAGAGGUAGACUGGUCGUCCGAGGCCUCGUCGUGUCGUAGGUCAUACAUUGGGCUCUCUGAAAAGCAACUCCUAAAGUGUGCUUUCUCAAUCCCUCAGACUGAAGGAGCCACAGAGAGCCCGGGGAUAGAUGAUAAAGAGGAGAUAAACGAUUCCCUGAAGUACGUCCCUGGAAAGGCGCGAUCCCAUCACUUGGAGAGGAUGAUGUCGUCAGAGGAGCUGGAGGAGGAGCAGAGGGUACAACGAGAGCAGCUGGCCGCCAUCUUCAAGCUGCUGAAAGACAACCAGGAGACGUUUGGGGAGGUUUCAGAUGUGGACAUGGAGGAGCAGAUCAGACUCUACUCCAUCUGAGACUUCUUAACGUUUUGGGAUCCACCAUAUGAUUGCCUCUUUACUUUCAGGAUUACUGCAGUGCACCAAAUACUUUAAUAAACAUGUUCACAGUAUUCAACACAAGCUGUACAAUCCACAGAACAACCUCUCUCUUUGUGUUUUAAUAUGACAUACUUUGUGUUCUUUGAAUACUGUCCCACCACCUGUCAUCCACACGCCCCAUGAUAGAAAUGCUAAAUAUAAUUAGCUGGAUAAAUCAAAUCCUAUUGUUUGUAUUAGUUUUAUAUUAUGAUUUUUUUUUUUAAAUAGGUUCAUUUUUUACAUAACCUUUUUAUCCUUAAAUAUGUAACCAAUCCUGUUAAGUUAGUAGUGCAUAACUUCCCCUCUGUUGUGUAACAAACGAGAUCAUAUCCAACUGUGAAGAAGUGGGUGUGUGAGCCCGUGUGAGUGUGUGCUGCAAGAGAGAGGGAGAGAGCUGUAUUCCUGUGUGUCUCUCGCAGUGAACUUUGACGUAGCCCCUCCCAAUAUAGUUGGUGACAGGUAUCUCAGUGGUUAGUGUUUAAUUGAGCCUUAAGGCCUCCAGUUCUCAGUGUCAGGGAUGGCAGACAAACACCUUAAGGUUUUUUAUGUGCUGCUUCUGCUCUCAGUUUGCAGUGUACUAGUGUAUUUUCCAUGGGAAUAUUCAUUGAGCAGAAUCAGGUAAGUUAUUUUGAGAUUAUUAAGAAGGAACUUAUCUAGACUGGUUAAUUUUUUUCCUGAUCCUGUUUAUUCAUAUACAUGUCUAUCAUCUGAUUUCCAGGUACAACAAUUUAAUUAAAGUUACUACAAAAAUGUAUCCUGAUAAUGCUUG